AUGGGUUCUCCGCAUCCUAUUUGGAAUUAUUUUGAUAAGCUAGGAAUGUUACUGGAUUUCAACAACCUAGAGCUAAAUGUUCCACAUAUAAUUAUGAAUUUAAUGAAACUACAAAAUCUGCAAUUAAACAUUUUAAAAAAAUGUCAAUUAGUUUCAAAUAAUAAACAGAAUGAAUAUUUAGAAUUAGAAAAAGUUUACAAAGAUGCAAGUAAAAAAUUAAAUACUAAUUUAAAAUCAACAUUAUCAACAAUAGUAUCAA